AUAUUUAUUUAUAGGUACACAAUUGCGAACACGAUAUGUUGGUCUUAAUGAAAUAAAUGAUUUAUUCAGCUGUAUUUUACGACGUGGAGUAAUAUCUGAUGAUGACAUUAUUAUUGGUGCAAAAAAGUUGGCGGAUGAAUUUGAAGAUUUUAAUCCAGCUGAGCUAGCAAGGCAAAUUGAAUCAUUUAAUAUUCUGUUUUCUUCUGAGCUUGAAUCCUGUAAUAGUGUUUUUGAUAUGACUAAAUUAUUGGUUAUUGAGAAUUAUAAUCUAAUUACUAGUUUUCCAGACCUAUUAACAACAUUUUAUUUAUUUCUUACAUUACCAGUAACAGUAGCCAGUGCAGAAAGGUCAUUUUCAAAGCUCAAAUUAAUUAAAAGCUACCUUAGAAAUACUCUGUCUCAAACACGUUUGAGUGGUCUCGCAAUGAUAUCAAUUGAAAAUGAACGCGCCAAAAAGUCGAACAUGUCAGCAUUGAUAAAGUCAUUUGCACAAGAUC